CAGCUGACUACAUCGCCCCUAUUCCUCCUCUUCUUUUCUCUCUCCAACACUGCUUUACUGCUAUCCCCUCCCCCAUAUGGGGCCUCUUCUCGCUCUUACCUCUCUUCCUCUGCGCUUCCAUCCUCACCCUUCUCCCGCCGUACCUCCUCUCCUACCAUUGCCUUCCCUACUCUCCGCCCCCUUCGCUGCCCCUUCCUCCCCUUCCGCCCUUCCUACUUGCCGUUGUACCUCCCCUCUUCUCCACCCCUCUUCUUGGAUUCCGCUAUCCCAUCAGCGUCGCCGCUCUUCUGCCGCUGUAA